CCCCAGCGAAAGGUGACUCUCUCUUUCUCCUAUGUUCUGAUCGAAAGAGGUAUAGUGAAUCGAUCUCUUUGUCGAUAACGACCCCCCUCUCCUUUGAUCUUGGAUGGGUUUCUGCAGGCGGGCGGUCGCUCGGCAGGUGGAGCUCCGGCCAUAGUUACCUUCAAAUCCUAGGGAUUCAAUAUUCCUAGGAUCCACUACUGCCCUCCGAUCGGCUCAUAUAGAUGAGGCACUGAAUAGGAGUGCACCUUGGGGAGAGAGGAUCGCGGAAAUGGCGGGCGGGGAGAAGGCGCCUACCUCGGGAAUGCCGGCGGUGGCGGGGCCGGCUUCGGGGCCGCAGGGGCUGUCGCGGCGGCCUUCGAUGAGGAGCUCCGUGAUGGCGACCUUCUCAAUGGAGGUAUUCGACAACGAGGUGGUGCCGUCGUCGCUCGCUAGCAUCGCGCCCGUCCUCCGCGUGGCCUCCGAGAUCGAGGCCGAGCGCCCCCGCGUGGCUUACCUCUGUCGCUUCUAUGCGUUCGAGAAGGCCCACAGAGUCGAUCCCAGCUCCAGCGGACGUGGCGUUCGCCAAUUCAAGACAGCCCUCCUCCAGCGCCUCGAGCGGGACAAUACACCGAGUCUUGCUAAAAGGGUGAAGAAGAGUGAUGCCCGAGAAAUCGAGAGUUUCUAUCAGCAGUACUACGAGAACUACGUCCGUGCUCUGGACCAGGGCGAGCAAGCAGAUAGAGCUCAACUUGGGAAAGCUUAUCAAACCGCCGGUGUCCUUUUUGAAGUCCUCUGUGCUGUUAACAAGACUGAAAAAGUCGAAGAAGUUGCUCCAGAGAUUAUCGCUGCUGCCAAAGAUGUCCAAGAAAAGACGGAAAUUUAUGUCCCGUACAACAUCCUUCCCUUGGAUGCUGCUGGUGCUUCGCAGUGCAUCAUGCAGCUUGAAGAGAUUAAAGCGGCUGUGACAGCCUUGAGGAACACACGAAGUUUGAACUGGCCUUCUUCUUUUGAUCAGCAAAGACAGAAAACAGGAGACUUGGAUCUACUUGACUGGUUAAGAGUCAUGUUUGGGUUUCAGAGAGACAAUGUAAGGAAUCAAAGAGAACAUUUGAUCUUGCUCCUUGCCAAUGUUCACAUAAGGCUAUCACCCAAGCCUGAACCUCUUAACAAGCUGGAUGAUCGAGCUGUUGAUGCAGUUAUGAAUAAAAUAUUCAAGAACUACAAGACAUGGUGUAAAUUCUUAGGACGGAAACAUAGUUUACGGAUAGCACAAGGUUUACAACCCCAAGAAAUCCAGCAGAGAAAGAUCCUGUACAUGGGCCUCUUUCUUCUUAUCUGGGGUGAAGCUGCCAAUGUUCGCUUCAUGCCAGAAUGCCUGUCCUAUAUAUUCCAUAAUAUGGCAUAUGAGCUACAAGGUCUUUUAACUGGGAAUGUAAGUGUUGUGACGGGGGAGAACAUUAGGCCUUCAUAUGGGGGAGAUGAUGAAGCAUUCUUGAAGAAAGUAAUUAGUCCAAUUUAUCAUGUGAUUGAAAAGGAAGCUAAAAAAAGCAAUAAUGGAAAAGCCCCACAUUCAGCUUGGUGCAAUUAUGAUGAUCUAAAUGAAUACUUCUGGUCUGUUGAUUGCUUUUCCUUGGGCUGGCCUAUGAGGGAUGAUGGGGAUUUCUUCAAAUAUAUACGGGAAUCAAGGCCCAUAGUCCAGGCAAGACGUUCAUCUCAUAAAGUUUCUAAUAAAAGCACGGGGAAAUCAAAUUUUGUUGAGACCAGAACAUUUUGGAACAUUUUCCGAAGUUUUGAUCGCAUGUGGACCUUUUAUGUAUUGGCACUACAGGCAAUGAUUAUUAUGGCCUGGAGCGAUUAUUCACUGACAAAGAUAUUUCAGAAAGAUACACUAUACUCGUUAUCUAGCAUUUUCAUCACAGCAGCACUUCUACGCUUCCUCCAAAGUGUUCUUGACCUUGUACUAAAUUUUCCUGGGUAUCACAGAUGGAAAUUCACUGAUGUUUUGAGAAAUUUUCUCAAAAUAUUAGUUAGUCUUGCAUGGGUUAUAGUUCUUCCUCUUUUCUAUAUUGAUUCAACAUCACAGAUAAGUUUGCCUUGGAAAGAUCUGACACAAUGGCUUCAUCAAUUAAAAGGAGUACCACCUUUAUAUAUCAUGGCUGUGGCAUUAUAUUUGCUGCCAAAUUUACUAACAGGAGUUAUAUUCAUAUUUCCUAUGCUCCGAAGAUGGAUAGAGAAUUCAGAUUGGCAUAUAAUCCGGUUUUUCUUAUGGUGGUCUCAGCCAAGAAUUUAUGUUGGGCGUGGCAUGCAUGAAAGUCAGUUUGCACUUUUCAAGUAUACCUUGUUUUGGGUGUUGCUGUUAUCUUCCAAGUUUGCCUUCAGUUAUUAUAUGCAGAUACAACCCCUUAUGAAGCCAACAAAGGAUAUAAUGAAUGUUCACAAUGUUCAUUAUGCUUGGCAUGAAUUUUUCCCUUACGCUUCUGGUAAUUUUGGCGCCAUUGCAUCACUAUGGGCUCCCGUGAUUUUGGUGUACUUUAUGGAUACUCAAAUAUGGUAUGCAAUUUUCUCUACCUUAUAUGGAGGUGUUUCUGGAGCAUUUGGUCGACUUGGAGAGAUACGGACACUGGGCAUGCUGAGGUCACGUUUCCAUUCGUUGCCUGGAGCUUUCAACACAUGUCUUGUACCAUCUGAGAAAGUUCGCAACAGGGGAUUCUCUUUAUCAAAGAGCUUUGCAGAGGUCCCUCCAAGCAAGAGAACUGAGGCAGCAAAAUUUGCUCAGCUAUGGAAUGAAGUAAUAUGUAGCUUCCGAGAAGAGGACCUUAUAAGUGACCGGAAAGGCCUUAAGGAGAUGGAUCUUUUGCUAGUUCCUUACUCAUCGGAUCCCAGCCUGAAAGUAAUUCAAUGGCCACCAUUCCUACUUGCUACCAAGAUACCAGUGGCAUUGGAUAUGGCUGCCCAAUUUCAAUCAAAGGACUCUGAUCUCUGGAAACGUAUCUGUGUGGAUGAGUAUAUGAAAUGUGUUGUUAUUGAAUGUUAUGAGUCCUUUAAACUUAUUCUGAACCUUCUGGUAGUUGGGGAAAAUGAGAAAAGGAUAAUUGGCAUAAUUAUUAAGGAAAUUGAAGCCAACAUUGCAAAGAACACAUUUCUCAGCAAAUUUAGAAUGAGUGCAGUACCAAUACUAUGUAGUAAGUUUGUGGAGCUUUUAGCUAUCUUGAAAGAGGGUGAUGCAUCUAAGCGUGAUACGGUCGUGUUGUUGCUGCAAGACUUGCUAGAAGUAGUUACCCGUGAUAUGAUGGUUAAUGAGAUCCACGAGUUAGCUGAGCUUGGACAUGGUAACAAAGAUUCAGUGCCUCGAAGACAAUUAUUUGCUGGUACAGGUUCAAAACCUGCAAUAUUAUUUCCACCUGUAAUUACUGGACACUGGGAAGAACAGAUUAAAAGGUUGUAUCUUCUAUUGACAGUAAAAGAAUCUGCAGUAGAUGUGCCAACAAACCUUGAAGCUCGUAGAAGAAUAGCAUUCUUCACAAAUUCUUUAUUUAUGGAGAUGCCACGUGCACCCCGAGUUCGCAAAAUGCUGUCAUUCAGUGUAAUGACUCCAUACUACAGUGAGGAGACUGUUUUUUCCAAAAAUGACCUUGAUUUAGAGAAUGAGGAUGGUGUCUCUAUCAUAUUUUACCUGCAAAAGAUUUUUCCAGAUGAAUGGAACAACUUUAUGGAACGUAUCAAUUGCAACCGAGAAAGUGAGGUUUGGUCAAAUGAGGAGAAUGUUCUACAACUUCGCCAUUGGGCCUCUCUUAGGGGUCAAACACUUUGUAGAACUGUUAGGGGUAUGAUGUACUACCGGAGAGCUUUGAAACUUCAAGCCUUUCUUGACAUGGCUCAAGAAUGUGAAAUACUAGAAGGAUACAAAGCAGUUGCUGAUCCAACAGAGGAAGAAAAGAAGAGCCAAAGGUCAUUAUCUGCUCAACUUGAGGCUAUAGCGGACAUGAAAUUCACAUAUGUUGCUACUUGCCAAAUUUAUGGAAACCAGAAACAGUCAGGAGAUCGCCGUGCAACAGACAUUUUGAACUUGAUGGUUAACUACCCUUCCCUUCGUGUUGCUUAUAUUGAUGAAGCUGAAGAAAGAGAUGGUGACAAGGUUCAGAAGGUUUAUUACUCUGUGCUGGUAAAAGCUGUUGACAACCGUGACCAGGAAAUAUACCGAAUAAAAUUACCAGGAUCAGCAAAAAUUGGUGAAGGAAAACCAGAAAAUCAAAACCAUGCAAUAAUCUUCACUCGUGGCGAAGCUCUUCAGACUAUUGAUAUGAAUCAAGACAAUUAUUUGGAAGAGGCACUUAAAAUGCGCAACCUUCUGGAAGAAUUUAAUGAAGACCAUGGACUGCAUCAACCUACCAUUCUUGGUGUUCGUGAGCACAUCUUUACAGGAAGUGUGUCCUCUUUGGCAUGGUUUAUGUCAAACCAGGAAACCAGUUUUGUAACAAUUGGACAGAGGGUCCUUGCCAGUCCAUUAAAAGUGCGGUUUCAUUAUGGUCAUCCAGAUGUGUUUGAUAGGAUUUUUCAUAUCACAAGAGGUGGUAUUAGUAAGGCAUCUCGAGGGAUCAAUUUAAGCGAGGACAUAUUUGCUGGCUUUAACUCAACAUUAAGGCGUGGAAAUAUCACACAUCAUGAAUACAUCCAGGUUGGAAAAGGCCGUGAUGUCGGACUUAACCAAAUCUCAUUGUUUGAAGCAAAAGUGGCCUGCGGGAAUGGAGAGCAAAUACUUAGCAGAGACAUCUAUCGCUUGGGACAUCGUUUUGACUUCUUCAGAAUGCUGUCAUGCUACUUCACAACUGUUGGAUUUUACAUCAGUUCAAUGGUGGUUGUAAUUAUAGUCUAUGCCUAUUUGUAUGGAAGGCUUUACUUGUCAUUGAGUGGGCUGGAGAGUGCAAUUGUGACCCAGGCAAGAAAGAGAGGGAACGAAGCUCUAGAGUCAGCAAUGGCGUCUCAGUCCGUAGUUCAAUUAGGUUUACUAAUGGCUUUACCAAUGGUCAUGGAGAUUGGACUUGAAAGAGGAUUCAGAACUGCCCUUGGUGACUUCAUCAUCAUGCAGCUUCAGCUUUGUUCAGUUUUCUUCACUUUCUCCCUAGGAACAAAGUCGCACUAUUUUGGACGCACUGUCUUGCAUGGUGGAGCAAAAUACAGAGCAACCGGACGUGGUUUCGUUGUCCGGCAUGUGAAGUUUGCCGAGAACUACAGAAUGUACUCCAGGAGCCACUUCGUCAAAGGGUUGGAGCUGAUGUUACUACUGAUAGCUUAUCAGAUCUAUGGAUCCGCGGUGACAGAUUCGGUUGCUUACUUUCUUCUGACCUCAUCCAUGUGGUUUCUAGUGGCUACUUGGCUAUUUGCACCGUUCCUUUUCAACCCAUCAGGCUUUGAAUGGCAGAAGAUAGUGGAAGACUGGGAUGAUUGGAUCAAAUGGAUAAACAGCUGGGGAGGAAUUGGUGUGCCGGCAAACAAGAGUUGGGAAUCAUGGUGGGAUGAAGAGCAAGAACAUUUGCAGUCCACAGGGUUCUUAGGCCGGUUCUGGGAGAUCGUUCUCUCUCUACGCUUCUUCCUUUUCCAAUAUGGGAUCGUGUAUCACCUGAAUGUUGUCAAUGCCAACAAAAGCAUCAUCGUGUAUGGCCUGUCCUGGCUGGUCAUCGUAGCAGUGAUGUUGAUUCUAAAGGUGAUGUCGAUGGGCAGGAAGCAAUUUAGCGCCGAUUUCCAGCUCAUGUUCCGGCUUCUCAAGCUGCUCCUGUUCAUGGGAUUCAUCGGAACUCUAGUCAUCCUCUUCACCCUUCUCAAUCUGACCGUCGGUGACAUCUUCGCCAGCCUCCUCGCUUUCAUGCCAACAGGAUGGGCGCUACUGCAGAUAUCACAGGCACUGAGGCCACUGGUGAAGGGGCUGGGCUUGUGGGGUUCCGUCAAGGCCUUGGCGAGGGGGUACGAGUACGUGAUGGGGCUGACGAUAUUUUCUCCGGUGGCCGUCCUCGCCUGGUUCCCCUUCGUCUCCGAGUUCCAGACGAGGCUGCUCUUCAACCAGGCCUUCAGCCGAGGGCUGCAGAUAUCACGUAUCCUCACCGGUGGGAAGAAACAAAACUGAGCUAAGAUACGUAGCCUCUUCGCCGCCCAUUCUUGUGUCCCAUUUAAUUCAUCUUGUUCCCAUAAUUUGCUUUCAUUGUACUGCAAUAUAAUGCCUGAUAAUGAUCCAGCAAAGAAAUGAAUGAAUAGAAUUCUUGCCUUCUUUCA